AUGUUUGUGGCUCCUCCAAGUGGGGCCCAGGGCAGCACAGCCAGCAAGAGCGACAGCAAUGCAAGAUGGCAGCCACCACAGGCUCGGACAAUUUAUGAAAACCGAAUAUACAGCCUUAAAAUAGAAUGUGGACCUAAAUACCCAGAAGCACCCCCCUGUGUAAGAUCUGUAACAAAAAUUAAUAUGAAUGGAGUUAAUAGUUCUAAUGGAGUAGUGGACCCAAGAGCCAAAUCAGUGCUAGCAAAAUGGCAGAAUUCAUAUAGCAUCAAAGUUGUCCUGCAAGAGCUUCGGCACCUAAUGAUGUCUAAAGAAAAUAUGAAACUCCCUCAGCCUCCUGAUGGACGGUGUUACAGCAAUUAAUCAAAAAGAAAAACCACAGGCCCUCCCCUACCCCCCAUUCGAUUUAAGCAGUCUUCGUUUUCCACGGUAGUAAAUUUUCUAGAUACGUCUUGUAGACCUCAAAGUACUGAAAAGGAAGCUCCCAUUCAAAGGCAGUUUAUCUUAAGAUACUGUAAAUGAUACUAAUUUUUUGUCCAGUUGAAAUAUAUAAGUUGUGCUGUAACA